UGAUGCAAACAAAAUGCAAUCAUUAAAAGGCUUGGCACGUUUCUCCCAUUAUUGAUUGUGCACUCAGCACCGGUACGAGUAAACGUGUGCAACACGCCACAUUUCGCUAUAUUGUACAGCAGCAACACGGUUGGUCCAACGGGCCAAUGCAUGUCAGCGCAGCAAACCCAGCACGGAAAAGCCGCAUACAGCCACUCCACUACCGCGGAGCCGUGUAGACUGAUGAAAGAUACAGUUGUCUGAAGUUCUACCCCCAUGAAGGCAAUAAAGAAUGAUUGUGUUCAAUGCGGCAACAUUGUUUCUAAGAGCGCACUAUGUCCAUAAAUUUGUGUUUUUGUUUUACCCUCAACGAACCCGUUUUUGUUUGAAUAUGUGCCGCCGGAUCUGAAUGUCCGAAUCGUGCUUCAGUUACUGUACUUCACUGCAGAAGCAGCGGCCAUGUUCUUAUGCCAUCUCUCCGCGUUUCCUUAUAUAGUUCCAGCAUUGCAUGACGGGACGUAGAUGCAAACAUGGCGUUGUGAGCUGUGCAUGUGUGUUUCGUUGCUGUUUUCGCGCCAAUUUUGUCGGGGACAAUGGCAUUGACAAACCGGGACUUAUUUGGGAUAGCGCGCGGUCGCUGCAAGGAGUCAUUUUGUGACUGUGAGCGAUACAGUGUUCUGAGGUCGGCGAACAUUCGCUGUGACUACUGUGAUCACUGCCCCGGAUCGCAUGGAAAAUUAGACGAACUCGACAGCACUCCUUGGACUGGGGACUGGCAUGUUCGCGGCACAGAUGCUACUGAAGCUUCUGAACCACAAGAUUCUGGAGGAAACUGUGCAAAUGCAGACUUAUGUACCACAGCUCCUGGUGAAACAGUUGAGAGCAGCAGCUUACAACGCGCCAAUGACUUGUCCCUUCUGCCUACAAGAAGCACAAAUGAUCCGUCGCUGCUGCCUAAUACAAGCACCAGGGACCUGUCCUUGCUGCCUUCGAGAAGCGCCAAUGACCUGUCCUUGCCACCUACAAGAAGCACCAAUGAUCUGCCACUGCUACCUACGAAAAGCCAGGUUAGGAAGCACGUCUGCAGUGCGUGCCAAUUCACCACAAGAUACCUCUAUGGCUUUCUACGUCACACGAAAUAUGUACACAUGAACAAAGUCACACUAAAAUGUACCAUAUGUCACAUGCGGUAUGCCCACGUGAAACACUACAAGGAUCACAUAGAAAAAUCUUGCUCAUCAUCUGCUGUUGAUAACAGAUUAAUACCUGUAAAUACGCUUGACUUGGAAAUGUCUAGUACUCAGGCUAGUAGCCAGUCUUUGUGUGCCUCAUACGUGAUGGAUGCGAAAACUAGUUCAGUUAAUCAAUUGACCGUUGAGGCUAACACAGACAUUAGUACUGCAGAGACACAGGCUUCAAGCCCUCAAUUGAUUACCAAACUGUCAUGCUUGGCUCGGCAACUGGAGUCACAACAUCGCUGUACGAAAGUAGCUGUAGACGCAGUAGUACAUGGAGUUGCAAAUAUCUUGGCAGCUGCCGGCGUUGCGCUUGAUGUUUCAGCUCUUCAUAAUUCCAGUGCAAGGAAGGCACUUAUUGUUCCGAAGGAAUAUAUGUGGCUCCAGUAG